AUGGACGCAUUUGUCACGCUUCUAUUAUCACAGCUCCCCAGGCUGAGACGCCUCUAUCUAGGCCAGAACUUUUUCCGAGAGUGCCCCUUGAUGGGCAUGAUGCUCCGUUCGGCCCUCUGCGAGGAGACCCAAGAUAGCCAUCUCCCUUCCUUUACACACCUCCAAGAUGUGUCAGCUGUACCCCCUGGCCUUGGUCUCAAGUUUCGCAGAUACACGAACGUCAGGAACACGGCAGACGUCCUCCCCCUCUUUUACUUGCCAUCAGUUGAACAGAUAUGGGCCUUCGUCGAUACUCCUGUGACUUUCAUAUGGCCUGGGAGAUACCCACCCGAUCCAUCGAGAUUCGCAUCGCUUGACGUGACGAUGUUGCGCGAAGGGCAUCUCGGUCAAAUGUUAUCAGUCACCAGAGGGCUUCGGAAGCUCCAAUGGGAUUGGUACUACCGCCCGGAUCUGGAAGAUCGAUUCGUCACAGAUAUUAUCGAUUUGGAUCAAAUCGCUGCGGAUCUAUCUCAUGUCCAAGAGACGUUGGCAGACUUGACUAUUACGGCAGGAACAGACUUCUCACAAGCGGAUCAUAUGUGA